AGAAUGUGUAUAUUUCGAAUCAUGCAGCGACCUAACCGCCAUAUUCCCUCCAUACAGUGCUGACCUGGGGGAGCUACGGCGAACGGAGAAACUUCGGCAGAAUGCUUCAGAGAAACCUCCGCACCUCCCGCUUCUCUCAACUCUGAACGUUUAUUGAGCCCUCCCAUCCAAACACUCUUUUAAAUUUUUUCGCCCUGCAGAGUCCCUGUCGCAACUAUUCAGCACCUUCUGAAUCCUUUUACCUAUUAAGACUAGAGCCCCACUAUUAUCCUCACUGAACGGACUCCCAAAGCCACUUUGAAGAUGCCUGCGCCAGCGGCCAACAAGCGCGUCAAGAAUAAGCGCAUAAGUCGAAAUAUCAUCAUCGGCUCAGAAGCCUACACCCUCCCCCCACUCGGCGAUCCCUCCCGCCCAAAGGGCAUCCCCGAUGACCACACGAAACGAUGGACAGUAUACGUGCGACAGCCGCAAGGUGACCCUUCCCUCACGACUUGGUUGAACAAGGUGCAAUUCAAGAUCUUCAAUACCUACGAGAACCCCUUACGGACUUGCGAAAACCCACCAUUUGAAGUGACAGAAACGGGCUGGGGUGGCUUCAACAUCGACAUCCGAUUACACUUCCAACCCCUCAGCGGCGAAAAGGCGCAAUACCGCCAACACUUCCUGCAGCUCGAAAAAUACGGCGACGAGAAGCAGCAAGCGACGCAAGAAGCCUCGGGUCUAGUCCGCGCCGAGUUCCUCGAAGUCGUGCAAUUCAACGAGCCUACUGAAGCGCUAUUCGAAGCCCUGACGUCGGAAGAUCAAUGGCACUACCUGCAAAUGCCGGCGAAAGGCGGGAAGAAGGCGGCGAUGAUGGCGGCGCAGAUGGGUGGGCGCCCGAAACGCGGGUACCCCAAUGGAGAGCGGAGUGCGCAAUUACCGGAUAAGGGAGGCGACGAUGUGCCAUUCAGUCAGGAGCAAGAGCAGGCGUUAAUACAGUCUAUUCGGGAGAAGAUUGGGGUUGUGGAAAGGGAGUUGGAGGAGGAGACUAAGAGGCGGGACCAGACCGAGAAGAGGUUGAAGGGGUUGAGGGCUGAGUUGGGACAUGAGGCUGCGCAACAGGCGGCUCAGCAGGCGAGUGGGGAUCGGAGUCGAAGGAGAUAGAGACAUGUCACGAUUUCAAGUCAGGCUCUCGAUAUGACAUGGCGUUCUGGGACAAAAAGAUAUCUUGCAUUAUUUGGCGUUGGAAGGCUACAUAUUGUGGGAAUCGGUAUCUGUGAUAAGAAGAUGUCACAGUAGGUCACUGAAUUUUAUACAGGUGCUGAUCGUUUUGGAUACUCUCAUUCAUACCGCAACUUGCACUGCAUACGCUUUGCCAACGCGGAAUAGGGUACGAGUAAUGCA